CCCCGCCUCCCGCGCUCACGGCACCGGGCGCGGGGCUGCUGGCAGCUAGGGGCCCGCGGGAACCAUGCUCCGGGGGCUGGCGGGCGCCUGGGCCGUGCUCGGCCCGCUGCUCUGGGGCUGCGGGCUGGCGCUGCUGCAGGGCGGGAUGCUCUACCCCCGGGAGAGCCGGUCGCGGGAGCGCAAGGAACUGGACGGCCUCUGGAGGUUCCGCGCCGACUUCUCCCAGAACCGGCGCCAGGGCUUCGAGCAGCAGUGGUACCGGACGCCGCUAAGGGAGUCGGGCCCCAGCCUGGACAUGCCGGUUCCCUCCAGCUUCAACGACGUAGGCCAGGAUGGGCGGCUGCGGAGCUUCGUUGGCUGGGUGUGGUAUGAACGGGAGGCCACCCUGCCCCAGCGAUGGACCGAGGACCUGGGCACAAGAGUGGUGCUGAGGAUCGGCAGCGCCCACUACUAUGCCAUCGUGUGGGUGAAUGGGGUCCAUGUGGCAGAGCACGAGGGGGGCCAUCUCCCCUUCGAGGCUGACAUCAGCAAGCUGGUCCAGAGUGGGCCCCUGUCCUCCUGCCGCAUUACCAUCGCCAUCAACAACACGCUCUCCCCCCACACCCUGCCGCCAGGGACCAUCCUCUACAAGACGGACACCUCCAAGUACCCCAAGGGUUACUUUGUCCAGAACACAAACUUUGACUUCUUCAAUUACGCGGGACUGCAUCGGACUGUGCUCCUCUACACCACGCCUACCACCUACAUCGAUGACAUCACCGUCACCACCGACGUGGACCAAGACACUGGGCUGGUGAAUUACCAGAUCGUCGUCCAGGGCAGUGAGCACUUCCAGCUUGAAGUGUGUCUCCUGGAUGAGGAAGGCAGGGUCGUGGCCAAGGGGACAGGGGGCCGGGGCCAGCUGCGGGUGCCCAGUGCCCACCUCUGGUGGCCGUACCUGAUGCAUGAGCACCCUGCCUACCUGUACUCGUUGGAGGUGAAGCUGACCGCACAGACGGCUGCUGGGUUUGUGUCUGACUUCUACACCCUCCCCGUGGGGAUCCGCACCGUGGCUGUCACAGAGAGCCAGUUCCGCAUCAACGGGAAGCCUUUCUAUUUCCACGGGGUCAACAAGCAUGAGGAUGCAGACAUCCGAGGGAAGGGCUUUGACUGGCCGCUGCUGGUGAAGGACUUCAACCUGCUGCGCUGGCUGGGCGCCAAUGCCUUCCGCACCAGCCACUACCCCUACGCAGAGGAGGUGAUGCAGCUCUGUGACCGCUAUGGGAUCGUGGUCAUCGACGAGAGUCCCGGCGUGGGCAUCGUACUGGCCCAGAGCUUCAGCAACGUGUCUCUGCAGCACCACCUGGAGGUGAUGGAGGAGAUGGUCCGCAGGGACAAGAAUCACCCGGCUGUUGUGAUGUGGUCUGUGGCCAACGAGCCCGCUUCCUUCCUGAAGCCGGCUGGUUACUACUUUAAGACGCUGAUUGCCCACACCAAAGCCUUGGACCCCUCCCGGCCCGUGACCUUUGUGACCAACUCCAACUAUGAAGCAGACCUGGCGGUGCCGUAUGUGGACGUCAUCUGUGUGAACAGUUACUACUCCUGGUAUCAUGACUACGGGCACAUGGAGGUGAUUCAGCUGCAGCUGGCAACCCAGUUUGAGAGCUGGUAUAAGACCUACCAGAAGCCAAUUAUUCAGAGCGAGUACGGAGCAGAAACCAUCACAGGGUUUCACGAGGAUCCACCUCUGAUGUUCAGUGAAGAGUACCAGAAAGGCCUGCUUGAGCAGUAUCACGUGGUUCUGGAUCAAAAACGAAAAGAAUAUGUGGUUGGAGAGCUCAUCUGGAAUUUUGCUGAUUUUAUGACUGACCAGUCACCACAGAGGGCGAUAGGCAAUAGAAAAGGGAUCUUCACUCGUCAGAGACAACCGAAAAGUGCAGCAUUCCUGUUGCGAGAGAGAUACUGGAAACUUGCCAAUGAAACCAAGUACCACGGGUCAGCUGUGAAGUCACAGUGUGUGGGAAACAGCCCGUUUACUUUUUAAGCAAGAACUACCUCUCUGCCGACACGGGCUCUGUCAGCCCCUCCUUCGCAAGCAGGGGGCGACUUCCACAGGACACAGAGCAAGCGCUUCCUGGACUGUGCAUGGCAGACCGGGAAGUUUCUGGUCUGGAUUUUGUGGUCAUUUGCUAGAAGGGAACGUUAGAGGUGAAAAUAAAGGCUUCUGGAGUAUGAGAAUAAAGAGUUGGCUUAAAAGUGACCAUCCAUAAAUUCAGUGAUCUGUACCGCUGAAGCAUCUGAAAUUGUUCUUCUGUGUCAGGCUGUUUUCAUGGCCUUAACCGAGUACGGAGUCUUGAGAAACCUCUGCUUCAGCACUCGCCACAAUCAGAGUCGCUGGAUACAGACUGUGUGCUGCCACAGGAACAGCCCUGCCGCUUUAGGGCCUCCUGUGCUCAGGUGCCACCUGUGCUUUAGGCCAGCCUUGACUUGAGUGGGUGACAGUAAAAGACAAGUGCUAGUAACUCCACAGAUAAGCCGAAGUCCCAGCAAAUUCACAGAAAGUAGUAUCAUGCUGGAAUAAUGCACAAGGUCGAGGUACCAGUGUCCAGAGUUAAGCUGACAUGUAAGCAUAAGAAAGGUAAGAGUUGAGGAAUGUCAGAUUUGGAAGGGAGCUGAGAGGUUACCAGUUCUUCUGGGACGUUCUUCCAACCUCAGCCAUAGUUUUUUCUGGACUGAGAGGGACAGAUGGGCGUAGAAGCCCACUGGGUCAUCACAGCUGACUCCAGUGAAUGUGAUGAGGCCUCUUUAAACGGGCUGGGCCUGCAGACAAGUAGGACAGGCUUUUGUACCUCUGGGUGACGCCACCCGCUCUGCUCCUGAGGAUGGUCUUUCCUUAUGGAAUCUUUCCUCCUCCUCCGCUUCCACAGGCUCCAUUAAGGCAAAUAAGGCACACUGUUUGUAAGAGUUCAGUGUUCAUCUAUCUUGGUUUAAAGCUGAAAGCUUUGGAAAAAUACUGUCCAAUCAAAUAGAAGACCAUGAAACAAUACGAUUCUUAAUACAGAGCUUGAUCUACUUCACUUGCGGGGGAUUUCACAUCUCAACACAUGCCCUUUUUUACCCUUCCUUUCCAAGCUCCAUGAAAGAAACAGUACAGAUAAUUUAACCUCAUUUUAGUGGCCAUCUUUAGACCAUUUUUAAGAAAUGAGAGUGUAGUCAGUUCAAAUAAUAAGUUAGGAAUUCUAGUGGUUAUAUAUUUCUUUCAUUACCACUAAACUUAAGUCCCUUGAAGUAAUCAAGUUUUGUGUUCCAGUUUAAUGUCAAGGAAUAAUAUAUAAAACUCUUUACUUGACAGACAUUUAAAAAAAAAUUAAACAUCACAAACACACUUAAAUGUUUUACAAAUUAGAGGUAAGGUCCAUUUCUUAAGUCCUAAGGUUCUAACACAGGGCACAUUUGUUCUAUUCAAUAAAAUAUGGCUAACUGCAUUUCAAAUGGAAUCAUCUUUCUUACAGAUGUUAACUUUUUAGAAGAUUAUAACAGUGGAGUGUUCGAGGUGAGCUAAAGUAAAGCAGUGGAAAAACAGCUGAUUAAUACAUUCUAUGUGCUUACAGAACUGUAAGCAGUAACAUCUUUUUCAUUAAUUCUCGACAACCACAUACAUCAUAAAUCAACAGGAAUUCCAAGAACUAGACUCUCUGAGAAUUCUGCUUGUGUCUCCUCUAAGUUACAUAUAAUUUAAGAGAAGAAGAAUCAACUCAGUACACCUGUAGAAAUGAAGCUACAGAAACAAUUUCAAGAAUAAUUUAUAAGACUGAAUUCAUUU